AUGCAGCUUCGAAGAAAAGUCUUGCUGCCGUGGGUAGUCUUCUUGACAGUUUUCCUUUUGUCAGUCAAGGGGUUCCCCACGAAAAAGUACAGAACAAGUAACCCAAAGGGUAGGAGCGGCGCGUCUUUGGAGGGAAAAGGCAAUGUAGGCUCAAAAGAUGUCAGACAAACACUACAAGACCUCCAGCAGCAGAAUCAGCUGAGAAGUGAGCUCCCUUCUCCACAUCAUCAUAAAAGGAGAUGGUCUCACCAUCGCUCAGAUGGAGUUCUUCCCAAACCUGUGCCAGAGGAAGAGGAGGAGCCAUUCAUCUUGGACCUGAAGAACUUUCCUGAACUCGCCAAUGCAGACCUGGGCUCUCAGAACCCAAACAUUCAGGUGACCAUUGAAGUGGUUGACAACCCUCAGAUGGAGAUUGAGAUGGAUUUAGCAGAAGAGAGUAGGAAUGACUGGUCUCUGUCUUCCGAAGAAUGGUUAGAGCAUAAAAAGCUUUUCUGGCCUCUUUUCUGGGAAUACCAUGACUCAAGUGAGGAAAGCCAAGGUCAAGCCAGCCUGGAGGAGAAUGGGGAAGACUACACAUAUGAUGGAGAAGACUCCAUCCUCAGUGGAGUUGGGGGAGACUGGGGCAGCCGAUGGAAGGCCUGGGACUCAAAGGAUAACUAUGAAUAUGAGGAAGAGGAGUGGAGCGAAUGGUCACCGUGCAGUGUCACUUGUGGCCAUGGCAACCAGAAGAGGAUCCGCUCGUGUGGCUAUGCUUGCACUGCAACUGAAUCUAGGACCUGUGAUCUGGAGCGUUGCCCAGAUGACAUGAACGCAGUGACAGAGCUCAUGCCCCAUGAGGUUAUGAACACCACGGAAGCCUUUGAUGCAGAUGUGGACAGCUGUGAGAAAUGGCUAAAUUGUAAGAAUGACUUCUUACAGAAGUACUUACACCAGGUCCUGACUGAGCUACCCAGCUGCCCUUGCAGCUAUCCAUCCGAAGUUGUCUACAGCGCCGUUAACAUCUUUGAUGAGAAGCUUCACAAAACGUAUCGCUGGCGCGAUGCUAGUGGGCCCAAGGAGCGACUGGACAUCUACAAGCCCUCGGCCAAGUUCUGCGUGCGGUCCAUGCUCUCCUUUGACAGCACCACGUUGGCCGCACAACACUGCUGCUAUGACAACAACAUGAAGCUAAUUACCCGCGGCAAAGGGGCAGGCGCGCCCAACCUCAUUAGCACAGAGUUCUCUCCAGAGCUUCACUACAAGGUAGAUGUUCUACCCUGGAUCUUGUGUAAGGGUGACUGGAGUCGUUUUCACUCAGUACGACCACCUAACAAUGGGCUACAGUGUGUGGAGAACCCUCAGGAGGAUGUCUAUAUGAAUGAGCUGGAGGAGGCCAGGGAGUACUAA